AGAACAAGAAUAUUUAGAUAUCAAAGAGGAUCUGGACAUGAUUGGCAAGUUAAUGGACGAAUUCAGAGGCGAUGUGAAUUAUAUCAACGAUACUCUAUCCACAUUAUCUUACAAUGUGGAGCAACUUAAAAUGUCAAUAUCGAAAUCUGGUCCUACUUCUCAUGUAUCAAACCUGUUAAAUGAAGUGCUUAAGAUACAAAAUAUUAAAUAUUCGGAUCUUAAACAGCCAGAUUCUGGAAAAGAGGAGAAAAGAGGAACGAACGGAAAAAUUAUUAAAAAAAUCUUUUGUGGUAUUGAGGUUGCUUGUAAAAGAAUACCAUCUGUCGUUGAUGAUGAUACCACUGAAGCUCAAAAAAUUAAAACCGAAUUGGCUAUACUCGGUUUAUUAGGAAAAUGCGGUCACAUUAUUACUUUUUAUGGCCUUUCUGAAGUGGAAAAGGAGAGCGUUAUG